AUGAUCAAAGCCAAAAUCUUAACCAUCACAGUCAACCAAGAGCAGACGUGUUUUGCAAUAGGAACGACGUGUGGGUUUCGAGUAUUUGGUAUGGAGAACGGGUGGUUUCGCGAGCGGUUCAGUCGGACGUUGGGAGGCGGAGUUGGCAUUAUAGAACUCUUCCACAAGUCGAAUAUGUUAUCUUUUGUCGGAGGUGGGACCACUCCUGCGUAUGACACAAAGAAGGUAAUUAUAUGGGACGAUUAUCAAGGGAAGCCUUUUGGUGUUCUAGAGUAUCCAACGGAGGUCCGUGGGAUCAAGAUACAGAAAGAGUAUCUGUUUGUUGCUGUUGAUAGAAAAGUGUAUGUGUACAACUUCAAGGACCUUCACCCAUUGUACCAGUACACCACUGGAAUGAAUGGGAAAGGGAUCAUUGGCGUCAGUGUGUUUGAGAAGAAGCGGAUAGUUGUUCCUGGUCAAAAUGAAGGGUGUGUCAAAAUCGUCGACUUAGAGACGCAAGCCGAAAAAGAAUUCCAAGCGCACGUCCACUCACUUUCUGCACUAACAUGUGCACCAGACGGCAAAACAGUCGUCACCGCAAGCGCACAAGGCACUCUAAUAAGGGUAUGGGACUUGGAGACUACACGACAAAUAAUCGAGUUCAGAAGAGGUCAAGGACAGGCAGAUGUGUUCUCAAUGAACUUCUCACCAAAUUCGGACUUAUUGGUUACAACAUCUAAUAGGGGGACCGUCCACAUUUAUGGAAUCGGAGAACAACAAGAGUGUUACUCGAGGCCAUCGAGACUCUCUGCUCUUAUGAAAGACAAUGGGUUGUAUAGUAAAUGCGAAUGUACAAUGGAGAGUGGGGUGUUAAGUGUGGUCUUCUUCUACUGCACACAAAUACAGUUCAUCAAUGUCAUUGGGAUCACUCAAAAUGGGAUGUUCUAUAAAUACAUCCUUUCAAAAAAAGAGGACAAGCCACUUCUCACACUCGAGGAGAAGUCUCCUCUCGACCAAGUGCUCAGAUAA